AUGUACGGAGAAGCUGCCAAUAAGCUGGUCCAAAACGCAAAGCGUAUCCUCGCCCUCCCACAUCUCCCACCAUAUGCCUCCGAACUCACACGCUCCAUAAUUCGCGAAGUGCGCGACCUCGACAAAGAUGUCUCCUCAAUCCUCGCUCCCUUCAGCGGCUCCUUUAACCCCAGCGCAUCUCCCGAAACCGCCUGCGCACUCCUUGUAAACCACCUCUGCAUGCGCCGCAACAAGCGAUGUCUGCUAGCCUACCACCGCGUUCGCAGUGACAAGCUAGAGGACUAUUGCUGGGAAGGCAUCGAUGUGCUUGAGCAACAGGGUAGCAAAGACCACAGCGGAGAAGCAGGCAGAGCAGGGGUUUUGGGUACUGGAGGAGGAAAGGAGGAGAGCAGUCUAAGUCCAGAAGAGGAGGAGUACGUGAGACAAUACAGCGACCUACUAGCAGCAUAUAAGGGACAAUGGACAGACAUCGACCUCACAGGCAGUUUAGAGCCACCCCGCAAUCUCUUCAUCGACGUACGAGUGCUCAAGGACGCGGGCGAGAUCCAAACAGAAUACGGAUCCAUCACCUUGACUAAAAACUCGCAAUUCUACGUCCGCCAAGGCGAUGUCGAACGUCUAAUCGCCCAGGGAUAUCUCCAGCGUCUCAGCUGAACUAAACCCGCUGCCGCUUGUACCCGAUGAUUCUCUCUCCUUGACAAACCCCCUUCCUCCCCACCAAUGACUCCCAAAAUAUGAACGUCCCCGCAUACACAUGCCAAACCGGUUCCCGCCAACCACACACAACCCGUACCGGCCCGAGAACAGCCCCCAGAGUUCCCUUACAUGUAGAAAACACAGAUACCGCCUACCAAUUGCACUAAAUUGUUCGAAUUGGUGAAGAAAACCCUUGUCGCCCUAGAGCUGGGGCUGGCUGCAAGGUCACACACUUACCCCCCUCGUUGGUUUUUUGCAUCAAGGGAUAUCUGCUUUCGGAGCUAUUUGGUCGGGUGGUGGCAGUGCGGGCAAUAGUCUGCAAAAUAACUUUGGCCACUGUCCCGUCCCUCCCCCCUGCUUCCAUGUUUCGCUUCCGUAGUGUGGGGAUCCCAUGCUGUGAUAAAAAUGGACUUGGGUGGGUGGGUGCUGGGCAUGUGGAUAUGGGCAGAAGGAUUGCAAGUUAUGGUGUAAUUAGAAGGAAUACAUGUACAUUACC